GCACCGGAGCAAGCGCCCGUUCGGCGGCCGUCACCUGUUUUGAGCGGAGCUAGUGUGUGCACCACAUCGUGAUUUCUGCGUUCAAUAGCCUCUCUGGUGGCCUUCCGUCAGUCACCAUGAUGGCCCCGCUGGCCGCGCGCCUGACGCUGGUCCACCUGUCUGUCGUCGUAUGGAUGAUUUACAGCUGCGCAGCCGGUGUAACCCGUCAUAAGCCAUGUGACACAGACCGCGGAUGGAAAUCUCACGGCUCCAAAUGCUACAAGAAGAUGGACACAACCAACGGUUGGCUGGGAGCUCGUCACGACUGCCUCUGGGAGGCCGGCGACCUGGUCUCCAUCACUUCCGAGGAGGAGGAAAAGUUUGUGAAGGAGCAAAUGGGUGACAAGCCGUUCUGGAUCGGACUCUCCAAUCGGGUCUGCAACAAGGACGGUUGUCAGGAUUUCCGAGCGGGAGAAAAGAGACUGAACUGGUCCGACACUGGUGUGACGCCGACCUACACCAACUGGGACUCGCGUCAAGAUGGAAGCUCCAAUGAUGAAUCCUGCGCGUACGUCAACCAAGGUGUGCACACAGGCAGUCAGCCUGGAAAGUGGAGACAUGGCUCGUGCGGAUCCUCAUUGGCGUACAUGUGCGAGCGGUCGCCCGACGACUGCCCGGACGGAUGGCCGUGUUCCUACAAAGACUUGGGUUACACUUACAGUCGAGUGGAGACUUCCGACUGCGACUCUGGCGAGUUCUUGUACAAGGACUCUUGUUACCAUUUUGAGGGGACAUGGAAAAUCUGGCAAGAGGCUGAAGAUUUGUGUAAGGGAGAGGGAGGUCUCUUGGCCAGCGUCCACUCAGAGGUUGACGGCCUAUUCUUGAGUGCUCAUGGUCGAAGAGGCAGCAGCUCAAGUGGUUUGUAUUUUUCUUGGCUGGGACUCAAGAAGAUCAAUGGGAAAUUUGAGUGGCUCGACGGAUUAUCUACAGAUGAUGUCCCGUGGUAUGACCCUAAAAGUUCAGGUGACUGCACAAAAUUGUAUAAUGAUGGAAAAGUUAUGAUCGACAGCUGUACUGACCUUCGUCCAUCCAUCUGUCAAAAAGGCAAGGCCAGAGAUUCUCUUCCGCGUCAUUCGGAGUCAGAAUCAGGAUCGACCGAUCAUGAGGCGGGAACAUGUGACACAGUCAACGGAUGGAGUCCUCACGGCUCAAACUGUUACAAGAAAAUGAGCACAACCAACGGUUGGCUGGGGGCUCGCCACGACUGCCUCUGGGAGGGCGGCGACCUUGUCUCCAUCACUUCAGAGGAUGAGGAGAAGUUUGUGAAGGAGCAAAUGGGCAACAAACCGUUCUGGAUCGGACUCUCCAAUCUGGUCUGCGACAAGGACUGGUGUCGCUUUUUUGAAGCGGGAGAAAAGAGGCUGACUUGGUCCGACACCGGUGUGACCCCGACUUACGCUAACUGGGCCUCAAGCCAAGGCGGAAGCCCCAAUGAUGAAUCCUGCGCGUACGUCAACCAAGGUGUGCACAUAUACAGUCAGCCUGGAAAGUGGAGACAUGGCUCGUGCGGAUCCUCAUUGGCGUACAUGUGCAAGCGGUCGCCCGGCGACUGCCCGGAGGGAUGGCCGUGUUCCUACAAAGACUUCGGUCACACUUACAGUCGAGUGGAGACUUCCUACUGCAACUCUGGCGAGUUCCUGUACAAGGACUCUUGUUACCAUUUUGAGGGGAGGAAUGGAACUUGGCAAGCGGCUGAAGAUUUCUGCAAGAAAGAGAGAGGUCUCUUGGCCAGCGUCCACUCAAAGGUUGACGGACAGUUUUUGGCUGAUCACCAGCGAAUAGCAUGGUAUUCUUGGCUGGGACUCAAGAAGAACAAUGGCAAAUUUGAGUGGCGCGACGGAUCAUCUACAGAUGAUAUCCCGUGGUAUCAUGAGAAAUUUUUAGGUGUCUGCACAAAAUUGAGUCGUGUUGGAGAAGUUGUGAUCGACAGUUGUACUCGUGGCACUCGUCCAUCCAUCUGUCAAAAAGGCAAGGCCAGAGCUUCUCUUCCGCCUCUUCCGGCGUCUGCAUCAGCAUCAGACAAGAGUGCAAAGUGCGGCUUGUGGUGGGAGAACCCCGCCAACGACUUCUGCUACAUGAUCAACGCCAUGCCCACCAAGACCUGGAAGGAGGCGCGAGACGAGUGCGCCCGCCGCAGAGGCAACCUGCUCGCCAUCACCGACUUACAGGAACUCAACUUCAUACACGGGCUUCCGGCAAGCGGUUCCUCUUUGUGGUUGGACGCCAGCGACACCAAUGUUGAAGUCGGCAGCAAGCAGUCUGACGAAUCCUCACCGAGUUCCGUCCUUUUGGCCGCAAGUGACCCUGGUGACCCCCCCGGCCGACGCUGCAACUCCUUACUCCAUGGCAAGGGCAGCAUGGAAGUUGUCGAUUGUGAUAAGAAGAGCGGCUACGUCUGCAGGAGAAGAGGCAUUCAGACAUGUGAAAUGACCAAAGGGUGGCGCGGCUUCGGCUCCAACUGCUACAGGAAGAUGAAGACCACCAACGGUUGGCUGGGGGCCCGUUACGACUGCGUCUGGGAGGGCGGCGACCUGGUCUCCAUCACCUCGGAGGACGAGCAAAAGUUCGUGAUGGAGCAAAUGGGCGACAAGCCGUUCUGGAUCGGACUUUCCAACCUGGACUGCGCCGAGGUCUGGUGUCAGUUUUUUAAAGCGGGAGAAAAGAGGCUGACUUGGUCCGACACUGCUCUGACGCCGACCUACGCUAAGUGGACCUCGAGUCAAGACGGAAGCUCCGACGAUGAAUCUUGCACGUACGUCAACCAAGGUGUGCACGUAGACAGUCAGCCUGGAAAAUGGAGACAUGGCUCGUGCGGAUCCUCCUUAAUGUACAUGUGCGAGCGGCCGCUCGACGCCUGCCCGGACGGACGGCUGUGUUCCUACAAAGACUAUGGAAACGGCUACAAUCGAGUGGAGACUUCCUACUGCGACACUGGCGAAUUCCUGUACAGGGACUCUUGCUAUCACUUUGAGGGGUUGGAGCGAACUUGGGAGGCAGCCGAGAAGUUCUGCGAAGAAUGGCACGGUGGUCACCUGGCCAGCGUCCAGUCACUGGUUGAUGGCCAAUUCUUGGCUGCUAACGCGCCAUAUGCAGGAGGAGUGCAAUCUUGGGUGGGACUCAAGAACAACAAGGACAACUUUGAGUGGAGCGACGCAACAUCUACGGGCAACAUUCUGUGGGUGCCAAACGGGCCGAAAGGGCGUGGUGGCUGCUCUGCCUUGUCGCCGACUGGUCAACUUGAGGAUUGGCCCUGCACCGAAAGUCGGCCAUUCAUCUGUAAAAAAGCCAAGGUCCAAGAGUUUCUUCUUCCUCCGCCGGCAGGGUGGAGUGCAAAGUGCGGCUGGUGGGUGGACCGAUCCUCCUCCUCCGACUUCUGCUACCUGAUCCAGCACAAGCCCACCAAGACGUGGCAGAAGGCGCGAGACGACUGCCUCCGCCGAGGAGGCGACCUGCUCAGCAUUGCCGACUCAAAUGAACAGGCAUUCGCACAAGGUCUGUACAGUUCUCUGUCGAGCGCUCCCUCUCUGUGGUUGGGGGUCAACAACAAGAAAGACGACAGCGAGUGGACUGACGGAUCCCCGCUCGGUUACAUGCUCAUGGACAGAGAUGACCCCGGUGACCUCUCUGGUGCAUCCUGUCUUUCCUUACUCACAAGCAACGGCCGCUGGAAGUUUGACGAUUGCAGGAAGAGAAGGGGCUACAUCUGCAAGAAAAGAGGAAUCCCGGCAAAGCCUCAGCAGCCUCUUCCUGCUUUAACCCAUCAUGAGCCAACAUGUGACACAGUCAACGGAUGGAGUCCUCACGGCUCAAACUGUUACAAGGAGAUGGAGACCCCCAACGGUUGGCUGGGGGCUCGUCACGACUGCCUCUGGGAGGGCGGGGACCUUGUCUCCAUCACCUCUGAAGACGAGGAAAUGUUUGUGAUGGAGCAAAUGGGCAACAAACCGUUCUGGAUCGGACUCUCCAAUCUGAACUGCAACGAGACCUGGUGUCAGUUUUUUAAAGCGGGCGAAAAAAGCGUGACUUGGUCCUACACCAGUGUGACGCCGACCUACGCCAACUGGGACCCGCGUCAAGACCAGAGCUUCAACGAUGAAUCCUGCCCAUACGUCAACCAAGGUGUGCACGGAGACAGUCAGUCUGGAAAGUGGAGGCGUGGCUCGUGCGGAUCCUCAUUGGUGUACAUGUGCGAGCGGUCGUCCGACGACUGCCCAGAUGGAUGGCCGUGUUCCUACAAAGACUUAGGUUACAGUUACAGUCGAGUGGAGACUUCCUUCUGUGACUCUAACGAGUUCCUGUACAAGGACUCUUGUUAUCACUUUGAGGGGACCCCUAAAACUUGGCAAGCGGCGGAAGAUUUCUGCAAGGAAGAGGGAGGUCUCUUGGCCAGCGUCCGCUCACCGGUUGACAGACGAUUUUUGGCUGCUCACGUGCAAGAAGGAUCUCAACCUUGGCUGGGACUCAAGAAAACCACAGCACUCAAAUUUGAGUGGCUUGACGGAUCAUCUACAGACAACGUCACAAAGAACCCUACUCAAAAUUCAGAUGACUGCGCAAAGUUGAAUGAGACUGGAGAAAUUCAGCUUGAGGGUUGUACUGGCCUUCAUCCAUCCAUCUGUCAAAAAGGCAAGGCCAGAGCUUCUCUUCCGCUACUUCCGGCGUCGGCAUCAGCGUCAGGCAAGAGUGCAAAGUGCGGCUGGUGGCGGGAGAACCCCGCCAACGACUUCUGCUACCUGAUCAACGCCAUGCCCACCAAGACCUGGAAGGAGGCGCGAGACGAGUGCGCCCGCCUCAGAGGCAACCUGCUCGCCAUCACCGACUCGAACGAACACACCUUCGUACGAGGGCUUCUGCCAAGCGGUUCCUCUUUGUGGUUGGACGCCAGCGACAUCAUUGUUGAAGUUGGCAGCGAGCAGUCUGACGAAUCCUCACCGAGUUCCUUCCUUUUGGGCGCAAGUAACCCUGGUGACCCCUCCGGCCGACGCUGCAACUCCAUACUCAGUGGCAAGGGCGGCGUGGAAGUUGGCGAUUGCGAGAAGAAGCGCGGCUACGUCUGCAAGAGAAGAGUCGUUCAGACAUGUGAAAGGACCAAAGGGUGGCGCCGCUUUGGCUCCAACUGCUACAAGAAGAUGGAGACCACCAACGGUUGGCUGGGGGCUCGUUACGACUGCGUCUGGGAGGGCGGCGACCUGGUCUCCAUCAUCUCCAAGGACGAGCAAAGCUUCGUGAAGGAGCAAAUGGGCGACAAGCCGUUCUGGAUUGGACGUUCCAAUCUGAAAUGCGACGUGGCCUGGUGUCAGUUUUUUGAAGCAGGAGAAAAAAGACUGUCUUUGUCAGACACCGGUGUGACGCCGACCUACGCCAACUGGGACUCGCGUCAAGAUAGAAGCCCCAACGAUGAAUCCUGCGCGUAUGUCAACCAAGGUGUGCACGUAGACAGUCAGCCUGGAAAGUGGAGACAUGGCUCGUGCGGAUCCUCAUUGCCGUACAUGUGCGAGCGGCCGCUCGACGCCUGCCCAGACGGACGACUGUGUUCCUACAAAGACUAUGGAAUUGGCCGCAAUCGAGUGGAGACUUCCUACUGCAACCCUGGCGACUUCCUGUAUAAGGACUCUUGCUAUCACUUUGAGGGGAUGAAGCGAACUUGGGAGGCAGCCGAGAGGUUCUGCAAAGAAUGGAACGGUCACCUGGCCAGCGUCCACUCACUGGUUGAUAGCCAAUUCUUGACUGCUCACGCACCAUAUGCAGGAGGAGUGCAAUCUUGGGUGGGACUCAAGAAGAACAAGGACAACUUUGAGUGGAGCGACGCAACACCUACGGGCAACAUUGCAUGGGUGCUAAACCGGCCGACAGGACUUGGUGAUUGCUGUGCGCUGUCGCCAACUGGACAAAUUGAAGACUGGCCCUGCACCAAUAAUCGGCCAUUCAUUUGUAAAAAAGCCAAGGUCCAAGAGAUUGUUCUUCCUCCGCCGGCAGGCUGGAGUGCAAAGUGCGGCUGGUGGCCGGACCGAUUCUCCUCCGACUUCUGCUAUUUGAUUCAACACAGGCCCACCAAGACCUGGAAGGAGGCCCGAGACGACUGCCUCCGCCGCGGAGGCGAUCUGCUCAGCAUCACCAACUCACAUGAACAGGCCUUCAUACAAAGUCUGUACACCUUUCUGCCGAGCUCUCCCUCUCUGUGGUUGGGCGUCAACAACAACAUCACGAAAGACGGCAGCGAGUGGACUGACGGAUCCCCGUUCGGUUACGUGCUCAUGGACGGAGAUGAUCCCGGUGACCUCUCUGGUGCAUCCUGUCUUUCCUUACUCACAAGCAACGGUCGCUGGAAGUUUGACGAUUGCAGGAAGAAAAGGGGCUACAUCUGCAAGAAAAGAGGAAUCCCGGCAAAGCCUCAGCAGCCUCUUCCUGCUUUAACCCAUCAUGAGCCAACAUGUGACACAGUCAACGGAUGGAGUCCUCACGGCUCAAACUGUUACAAGGAGAUGGAGACCCCCAACGGUUGGCUGGGGGCUCGUCACGACUGCCUCUGGGAGGGCGGGGACCUUGUCUCCAUCACCUCUGAAGACGAGGAAAUGUUUGUGAUGGAGCAAAUGGGCAACAAACCGUUCUGGAUCGGACUCUCCAAUCUGAACUGCAACGAGACCUGGUGUCAGUUUUUUAAAGCGGGCGAAAAAAGCGUGACUUGGUCCUACACCAGUGUGACGCCGACCUACGCCAACUGGGACCCGCGUCAAGACCAGAGCUUCAACGAUGAAUCCUGCCCAUACGUCAACCAAGGUGUGCACGGAGACAGUCAGUCUGGAAAGUGGAGGCGUGGCUCGUGCGGAUCCUCAUUGGUGUACAUGUGCGAGCGGUCGUCCGACGACUGCCCAGAUGGAUGGCCGUGUUCCUACAAAGACUUAGGUUACAGUUACAGUCGAGUGGAGACUUCCUUCUGUGACUCUAACGAGUUCCUGUACAAGGACUCUUGUUAUCACUUUGAGGGGACCCCUAAAACUUGGCAAGCGGCGGAAGAUUUCUGCAAGGAAGAGGGAGGUCUCUUGGCCAGCGUCCGCUCACCGGUUGACAGACGAUUUUUGGCUGCUCACGUGCAAGAAGGAUCUCAACCUUGGCUGGGACUCAAGAAAACCACAGCACUCAAAUUUGAGUGGCUUGACGGAUCAUCUACAGACAACGUCACAAAGAACCCUACUCAAAAUUCAGAUGACUGCGCAAAGUUGAAUGAGACUGGAGAAAUUCAGCUUGAGGGUUGUACUGGCCUUCAUCCAUCCAUCUGUCAAAAAGGCAAGGCCAGAGCUUCUCUUCCGCUACUUCCGGCGUCGGCAUCAGCGUCAGGCAAGAGUGCAAAGUGCGGCUGGUGGCGGGAGAACCCCGCCAACGACUUCUGCUACCUGAUCAACGCCAUGCCCACCAAGACCUGGAAGGAGGCGCGAGACGAGUGCGCCCGCCUCAGAGGCAACCUGCUCGCCAUCACCGACUCGAACGAACACACCUUCGUACGAGGGCUUCUGCCAAGCGGUUCCUCUUUGUGGUUGGACGCCAGCGACAUCAUUGUUGAAGUUGGCAGCGAGCAGUCUGACGAAUCCUCACCGAGUUCCUUCCUUUUGGGCGCAAGUAACCCUGGUGACCCCUCCGGCCGACGCUGCAACUCCAUACUCAGUGGCAAGGGCGGCGUGGAAGUUGGCGAUUGCGAGAAGAAGCGCGGCUACGUCUGCAAGAGAAGAGUCGUUCAGACAUGUGAAAGGACCAAAGGGUGGCGCCGCUUUGGCUCCAACUGCUACAAGAAGAUGGAGACCACCAACGGUUGGCUGGGGGCUCGUUACGACUGCGUCUGGGAGGGCGGCGACCUGGUCUCCAUCAUCUCCAAGGACGAGCAAAGCUUCGUGAAGGAGCAAAUGGGCGACAAGCCGUUCUGGAUCGGACGUUCCAAUCUGAAAUGUGACGUGGCCUGGUGUCGGUUUUUUGAAGCAGGAGAAAAAAGACUGUCUUUGUCAGACACCGGUGUGACGCCGACUUACGCCAACUGGGACUCGCGUCAAGAUAGCAGCCCCAACGAUGAAUCCUGCGCGUAUGUCAACCAAGGUGUGCACGUAGACAGUCAGCCUGGAAAGUGGAGACAUGGCUCGUGCGGAUCCUCAUUGCCGUACAUGUGCGAGCGGCCGCUCGACGCCUGCCCAGACGGACGACUCUGUUCCUACAAAGACUAUGGAAUUGGCCGCAAUCGAGUGGAGACUUCCUACUGCAACCCUGGCGACUUCCUGUAUAAGGACUCUUGCUAUCACUUUGAGGGGAUGAAGCGAACUUGGGAGGCAGCCGAGAGGUUCUGCAAAGAAUGGAACGGUCACCUGGCCAGCGUCCACUCACUGGUUGAUAGCCAAUUCUUGACUGCUCACGCACCAUAUGCAGGAGGAGUGCAAUCUUGGGUGGGACUCAAGAAGAACAAGGACAACUUUGAGUGGAGCGACGCAACACCUACGGGCAACAUUGCAUGGGUGCUAAACCGGCCGACAGGACUUGGUGAUUGCUGUGCGCUGUCGCCAACUGGACAAAUUGAAGACUGGCCCUGCACCAAUAAUCGGCCAUUCAUUUGUAAAAAAGCCAAGGUCCAAGAGAUUGUUCUUCCUCCGCCGGCAGGCUGGAGUGCAAAGUGCGGCUGGUGGCCGGACCGAUUCUCCUCCGACUUCUGCUAUUUGAUUCAACACAGGCCCACCAAGACCUGGAAGGAGGCCCGAGACGACUGCCUCCGCCGCGGAGGCGAUCUGCUCAGCAUCACCAACUCACAUGAACAGGCCUUCAUACAAAGUCUGUACACCUUUCUGCCGAGCUCUCCCUCUCUGUGGUUGGGCGUCAACAACAACAUCACGAAAGACGGCAGCGAGUGGACUGACGGAUCCCCGUUUGGUUACGUGCUCAUGGACGGAGAUGAUCCCGGUGACCUCUCUGGUGCAUCCUGUCUUUCCUUACUCACAAGCAACGGUCGCUGGAAGUUUGACGAUUGCAGGAAGAAAAGGGGCUACAUCUGCAAGAAAAGAGGAAACUCCCCAAAACCUUCGAAGCCUCAUGACGGCUUUAAGGAGAUACUUGUCUGCGACAACCAUUCUGCUGACCUCGUAUGUGAGGAUGAGGGUCAGAAGCAAGGCCGCAUCAGCAUCCAGUCCGCCUUUUACGGUCGGCGGAGUGACAAUGUUUGCUUGGUGGACAGCGACUCAUACGACGACGAGUACUGCGGAGUGGAAGGCAUCCUCCCUCGCUACAGGAAAAUGUGCAACGGUCACCAAAAAUGCCACAUUGAGCUUUUGGAGGACGAUUCCUGCCCUGCCACAUCCAAAUAUCUGGAGAUGGUCUAUAGCUGUGAGCACAAAGUAUGUCUUGACAGUCUGGGCAUUGCGGACGGGAGCCUCGCAGACUCUUUCUUCAAAGCCUCCUCCUCAAUGGAAGACGCCACCCCAGAAAAAGCCCGCCUCAACGGGGAGUCCUGCUGGAAGCCGUCAAAAGCUCCCGUCGGCAGCUGGAUCCAGGUGAACCUCGGUUACAAGAGAAAGGUGACGGCGAUCGUGACCCAGGGGUGUGAUAGCGACAAUACUCGCUCCUGGGACAUCCAACUUGAGAUGAAGGUGAGCGUUGAUAGGAGGAAGUGGACCAAACACCCAAACGGGAAGUUCAUCGGUGGUGGGACUCAUCUGCUUGAGACGCCCGCGUUCGCUCAGUACGUCCGCAUUCUGCCGCUGGAGAAUCGUCCAGAAUUUGGCCUCCGCUUAGACAUCUUGGGAUGCGCACAUGACGAUGCGAUGACCUGUGCCAGACAGUUCAACAGCCUCCACUUGACCGAUUCGAUGACGUUCUACUGUCCACCUGGGUGUGCCAAAGACAAACACUUUGUCUUUGGAACAUUGGUCUACUCAAAGGACUCGCACAUCUGCGCCGCCGCCAUUCACGCUGGAGUCAUUCAGAAUGACAUUGGAGGAGAUUGUAUUGUGAUGCGAGCUCCCAAACAGCAAGUCUACACGGGCUCCGCUGGGAACGGGAUCAUCUCCAGACAUUUGGACGGCCCACUGGGUAUGUCUUAUACGUUUGCAGAUGGGGAGCCCAGAUGCUCGGCACCUGACUGGGAGGAGUUUGCGGGAUUCUGCUACAAACCUUUUGACGACGAAAGGAACUGGGCUGAUGCUCAACAAGUCUGCCGUGGUUUUGAUGCCGAAAUGGUGUCCAUCCGCACCGAGGUCGAGCAGGCGUGGGUGAAAAAUGCCUCCAACUUUGAAACCAGCGACAUGUGGACCGGACUGAACGACCUGGCGCUUCCCGGCAUGUUCGUGUGGUCGGACCGCCACAAGGUGACCUUCACCCACUGGGUCGCAGGAGAACCCAACCAGCGAGUUGGCCUCGGCAAGCACUGCGUGGCUCUGUUACGGCAGACUGGAAAAUGGAAGCUAAUGUCUUGCGCCCAAGUCAACAGCUUCAUGUGCAAGAUGCCCAAAAUGCACUUUCCAAUUACCUCAUCGAAGCCACAGGUAGCACAGUAGAGUCCACCUGCCAACAGCAGGAUGCCCGUGGAGAAAAUCUACAACGGUGCGCCCCAAGGAAGUCAUCGAAGAAGAAGAAGAGCAACUUUUAAUACCCUCCCUACUCUGCUCAGUAACUAUGAAUAGUAUCAAAAUUGCAAUCAGAACACCUCUGCAUAAGUUUGUAAUUCAUACAGUAGCUGCAUUUAGCUUCGCUAUAAUUACCCAACUAGAUGUCGUGUCCAAAUGAAAUGUGAACAAGCAUGCUAUGUUCACUAACACUCGACUCUGCUUGGUCUACUUUGUCUUUCUUUAUUUUUUUUUUGCGCGCUUAACAACUUUGACUGCCUUUUCGUAAAGAAUUGUACAGAAAUCCCAGUGCUUUCAAAGAGCCCAAUUGUAAGAACGUGACAGGCUAGAAUAGUCUUGGAGCUGGAAUGAAAGUCCAAAGUUGGUUACUGGUAUUGUUCUUUGUUUUGUUUUAUAUUCAUGUCGUGUUGUGUUGUCUUGUCGUAAUCGGCCUUAGAAAAGGGUGCCCAGACUCGACAGCCUAUUGUUUUAUUCUGGUUAAAAAAAAAAAUAUAUAUAUAUAUAUAUAUAUAUAUAUAUAUUAUGAUUACAAAUAAUGAAUUGUGAAUCAACAGUGAGCUAUGUUACUGCCAAUGAUGUCUGCAAUUGUAGACAGUAUUUCACUGGACGGGUAAUUCAGUAUUUUCCAUUAGUACUGCAAGUACAAGUCACUGUAUAUAUCAUAUAAAUUUAAAGCCAGCAUUUUUGAUAACUGAUGGCAGUUUUUUACUCGAUCGCUGGUGUCAGAAAAAUUGUGUUUUUCACUUUUGUUGUUUCUACAGUAUGUUACUACAUCUACAAUUCACUGUAUACAAUUCAUGUAUUAUUGCAUUUUUGAUUACUGAUUGUAGAAGUGAUUUACUCAAUCACUGCUGUCAGAAAAAUUUUGGCUUUCACUGCCGUUUGAUUUUCAUUAAUUUCAAAAUAAAAGAAACUGAUUACGA